GAGAGAGGACUCCUGUGGAACGUGUUCCUACAGUAAGUCUGCUUCCAAGACGGGACAUCAUGCACUGAGUGGAAAACCACACUUCUUAAGCUCUGCAGUUGAUAUAGUUAAUAAAGACAGAGAUCUAAACAGUCGCCGUUCAAAAGAACAUGGAUUGGAGGUUUCUCCAGGGUCUUCUUAGUGGAGUCAACAAGUACUCCACUGCCUUCGGGCGCAUCUGGUUGUCAGUGGUCUUCGUCUUCCGGGUGUUGGUCUACGUGGUGGCCGCUGAGCGUGUCUGGGCCGACGACCAGGGACACUUUGACUGCAACACCCGCCAGCCGGGUUGCACCAACAUCUGCUAUGACUACUUCUUCCCCAUCUCUCACAUCCGCCUGUGGGCCCUCCAGCUCAUCUUUGUCACCUGCCCCUCAUUCAUGGUGGUGCUGCACGUGGCCUAUCGAGAAGAGCGGGAGCGUAAGUACCAGGCCAAGCACGGGGAGCACACGCGGCUGUACGACAACACGGGCCAAAAGCACGGCGGCCUCUGGUGGACCUAUCUGAUAAGCCUGUUUAUCAAAACCACCUUUGAGGUCUUGUUCCUGUACGUGCUCCACUACAUCUACGACAGCUUCAAGCUGCCCAGGAAGGUCCAGUGUGAUGUGAGUCCCUGUCCGAAUCUGGUUGACUGCUACAUCUCCCGGCCCACAGAGAAGACCGUUUUCACCUACUUCAUGGUGGGGGCGUCUGUUGCGUGUGUGGUGCUUAACAUCUGUGAGAUUUUAUAUCUGAUUGCGUUCCGGAUGGUGACUCUCAAACAGCGAGGCAUGGCCCGCACUCCAUCAAGAAAGAUCCACCCUGGGCUGAGCUGUGAUGGCUGCUAG